AUGCCGGGGGUUCUUCAGAGUGGGAAACCGUCUGAAGAAUCUUCUUCUAGCGGUCAAAUGAAUGACUCCGAGUCUGACGAGGAAUAUGACGACAGUUCACUGCCUGGUGAAUCUGAUUCGGAAAGUUCGCCAAGUUCUGCGAAACGACGAGCAAAACAAAAAAUUAAAAAGACAAACGAGGAGCAGAAAAAGAAAGAAAAGAAAGGCAGAGUAACAACUGCAAGUGCGAUGAUCGAUUUGACAGAGAAGCUGUCUGACAGAGAAGCUGCGGUGGGAAUGCAGAACUCCCAGAUGGAAAUGAUGGAGAAGGCACAGAAACGUGCAGAAGAUUUACUGGUCAAGCUUGAAGCAGAUCAGCGAAAGCUGGACGAAGAAGGGCGCAGAUUAGAUCAGGAAUUUUUCUUGAGAAUGAUGUAA